AUUGCAUGAGGUCCAACAGGAGCCCCACGCUCCUCCCUCUCCUCCUCCUCCUCCUUCUCCUCCUCGCCGCUUUCCCCGUCCCUUCCUCGGGUCCAGCCCGGCCCGGGGGGAGGAGCCGCCCGCGCUCACAAAACCUCCGGCCCCGCACCAGCCCCGCACCGGCGGGGGGCACCCAGCGGGCACCCGGAGCCCACCCGGAGCCCACCCGGAGCCAUGCAUAGCGCUGCGGGGCCGGGUUGGGGCGGGGGCCGCCCGUGGCCAUGAGCGCGGCGUGGGGCGGCCCCGGGCGGCGGCGGCGCGGGGUCGGGGGGCGGCGGAGGGCGCUGCGGGGGCUGGGGGGGCUGGCGGGGCGGCUGAUGCGCGUCUGGACGCGCCUGGCCGGGGGUCGAGGGGGUCGGAACGGCCGGCGGCAGCCGCAGCACGAGGACGACGAGGGCGGCUUCGGGAGCGCGGGGAGAAGGGAGACGGCGCGGGGCGUUGGGGUCGGGGCUGCGGGGUGCGGGGCGCGGCCGCCCGGAGCUCAGGGGCUGCGGAACCACGGCAACACGUGCUUUAUGAACGCCGUGGUGCAGUGCCUCAGCAACACCGCCCCGCUCGCCGAGUUCCUGGCGCUCGGCCGUUACCGCACCCGCGGGGCCCGCGCGGAGGUCACGCACCGCCUGGCGGCUUUGGUCCGAGCCCUCUGGAGCCUGGAGUACACCCCGCGGCUCUCCGCUGAGUUCCAGAGCAUCGUGGCCAAACACGGCGCGCAGUUCCGCGGCAACGCGCAGCACGACGCCCUCGAGUUCCUGCUGUGGCUGCUGGACCGAAUGCACGAGGACCUGGGCAGCGCCUCGCCCACAGCGGGACCCCGCGCUGCCCACCAGAGCAGUGCAGAGCAGAGCAGUGGGGAGAGCUUUGUGCAGAGCCACUUCCAGGCACAAUACAGGUCCUCCUUGACAUGCCCGCACUGCCGGAAGCAGAGCAAUACCUUCGACCCAUUCCUGUGCAUCUCUCUACCCAUCCCUGUGCGCCAGACCAGGGCGCUGAAUGUGACGCUGGUGCUGCAGCGUGAAGGCGGGCGCUCGCUGCGCGUGGGGCUGGCGGUGCCACUGCUGGGCACGGCUGCGGAGCUGCGGGAGAUGGUGGCACAGGAGGGGGAUGUGCCCCCACAGCAGGUCAUCCUGGCCGAGGUGUCCCCUCAGGGCUUCCUGCACUCAUUGGAUGACACCAAGGAGCUGAGCAUGGCUGGGCAAGGGGCACCCCUGUAUGCCCUGCAGGCCCCCCCCGAAGCCCCCCCAGGCGCCCACCCCGUGCUGCUGCUGCUGUGCCACGUGGCGGGCACCGGCCCACACCGCGCCAGGUUCGGCCCACCGCUGGUGCUGCAGGUGGAGCGCGGUGCCUCCUGGGCACAGCUGCAGCGCGACGUGCUGGCCCCGCUGCGCGGUAUGAUGAGGAGCACCAUGCAGGGCACGGCACCACAGUUCCGCAUCCACGUGGCUGGGGAGCCUGGCACCUACCUGUCCCCUCAGGACCCACACCCGCUGUGCCACGCAGCCAUUGACAGGGUGCUGCAGCAGAGCCCUGCCGGUGGGCCCCCCCAUGUGGUGCUGACAGUGGAGUGGGACAUUGGCACCAAGGAGCGGCUUUUUGGCAGCAUGCAGCAGGAGGAGGUUGAGGACGCAGACAGUGUGCGGCUGCAGCAGGUGGCACACCAGCAGCACAGCUGCACGCUGGAUGAGUGCUUCCAGCUCUACACCAAGGAGGAGCAGCUGGCUCCAGAUGACGCGUGGCGCUGCCCGCACUGCCGGGUGCCGCAGCAGGGCACGGUGCAGCUCCGCCUCUGGACGCUGCCAGACAUCCUCAUCAUCCACCUGAAGCGCUUCCGACAGGUGGCCCAACGCCGACACAAGCUGAGCACGUUGGUCCGCUUCCCCCUGCGUGGUCUGGACAUGGCCCCACACCUGGCUCCGGGAGGGGGACGAUGGCAGCACCCCCUGCGCCCACCCCGGAGCUGCCCCCCGGAUGCUCUGUAUGACCUUUAUGCUGUCUGCAACCACCACGGCAGCAUGCAGGGCGGGCACUACACCGGUGAGCAGAGGGGGUGGCCAGGGGGGGCCCUGCCCCCUGCUCCCCCCUCCCUCACCCCUGCCCCAGCGUAUUGCUGCAACUCCAUGGACGGGCGCUGGUACAGCUACGAUGACAGCACGGUGGAGGGGGUGCGGGAGGACGAGGUGAGCACCCGCAGUGCCUACAUCCUCUUCUACCAGCGUCGCAACGCCAUCCCUGCCUGGUCAGCCAGCAGCGCUGCUAGAGGCAGUAACAGCUCAGCCCCAUUGAACCACUGGGCGGCCCGGCUGGGGGGCACCAAGCAGCACAGCGCAGAAUCGCAGCCUGCAGCUCCCCGCCCAUCCCCAACCUGCAGCCCGGACCUUAACAUCGCACAGGAGCAAGGCGGCUUCGAGGCCCGGCCCCCGGUGCGGGGGGUGCAGAGCCGCAGCCUCAGCGUCAAGCUGCCGCCCCCCGCCCGCUGCAUGGUCCCCCCCAGGGCUGUGCCCAUGCGGUGGUCUUUCGCCUCUCGCCCUCGGGCGGCCCCUGGGCAGCUGCUGCCGUACAUCGCAAUGGGGCCGGUAGGUGGGGGCGGUCCCCGUGUGCCCCAUGCGGAGCAGAACGCCGUGCUGAGCGAUGCGGUGGGCAGCACACAGAGCACGGAGCCCCCCCACCGCACACCAGCACCACGCCGGGCACACAGCGCCGGCCCCACUGGGAUCUCGUGCCCCAAAAGCCCCACACGGAGCGGAGAGCAGGAGACGGGACCCCCCCGGCUGCGGCAGGAGGGCACCCCUCAGUCACGGUACGGCCCCCGCAGCCCCGACGGGACCAUCCGGCGCUCACAGAGCUCGGCCUGCCUCCCCCCACGGCUCCCACACCCCAUGCGGCGCUCAGCAUCGCUGGGCCGGGCCACUGCGGGGACACGGGGCAGGGAGCGGGCAGCGACCCUACGGCACGGGGCUGUGCCUGAGUCCAGCUUCUGAGGAGGGGCGGGGAUGGUUGUGGGGCUGAGCUGGCAGCGGGUGGGACCUGGAGCAUCGUGCUGUGGGGUCAGGGCAUCCCUGUGCCAUUGGUGUCCAACACCUGGCUACCCAGAGCCUGGAGCAUCCUGCAGCUGCAUGUAUGGCUUUAGGAGCAUCCAGCACCGAGAGCAUUGUGGAGUGGGGUAUCUGCAAACAGGGCAUCCCUGUGCUGGGAGCAUCCUGCACCUGGGUACCCAGCACCGGGAGCAUUGUGCCAUGGGCCAUAUGCAGUCAGGGCAUCCCCACAUCAUCAGCAUCCCAGGGCUGGGCGCACGGUGCUGGGGGCAUCCAGCAAUGGGAGCACUGAGCUCUGGGCUAUCUGACAGCAGGGCAUCCCUGUGCCAGCAGCAUCCUGCAUCAGGGAAUCCAUCACCACCUGCACUGGGAUCAUCAUGCAACGGGGUGCCCAAAGUCGGGGUGUGCCUGCACUGUGAGCAUCCUGCACCUGGGUACCAGCCCUGGGUGCGCUGCACUCAGGGAUCACUUUGCACCCAGCUGUGCUGUGCUGAGCCUCAGCAUCCCUGCACCUUUCAGCCCAUGCCUUAUUGGGAGUAAGCAAGGGGUCUGUGGUGCAGAGGGGCUGUUGGGAGGGAGAGUAUUUAUUCUAUACAGAGAGUUUUAUGCAGAGAUGCCGUUUUCUACAAGCUGCUGGCAGUGAGGGCUGGGCUGCGGGGCUGCUGGCACACUCAGGGCUAUGCAUCGUGUGGUUCCCCCCGCUGCCGUUUCUGUUAAAGACAGGAAAGGAGCGCGGUGUGCGCCGGGGGGGGGGCAGCACUGGGUGUUUCUUGGUGCUUUUUAAUGACCUUUUUGGGACCUUCCAGUGCGGGUGCUUUGAGGUUUGGGGGUGUCUGUGGGCUGAGCAGCCCUUUUCUGCCUCAGUUUCCCUCUCUGAGUGGGUGAGGCACAUGGAGAUGGGGGUUGGGGGCACGUUCUGUCCCCCAACCCUCACUGACCCCGUCCUGGAGCAGCCCCUUCCCAAGUGCUUGCAGAGCCGCGGGAGGCGUCGAAUGAAGGCAGGCUGGGGGCUGAGUUCCACAGCGAUGUGCACGUUUAUUCCAGCUGCUCCUGCCCCCCCCGCCCGGCCCCGUGCUGCGGGUGAUGGGUCACAUCGUGGUGGUGCAGAAGCAGUGGGGAUGGGGGGGAUGGAGGGGGAGGGGUCGGGGCAGUGCAGCACACGGGGACAGAGCUGGGCCACGAAGCGUUCCCAUGGACGUGGUCCAUUUGUACACCAGAUUGGAUGGAAUGGCUCAAAAUAAAACAAAUAUAUAUAUAUAUAUUUCUAUAUAUACAAAUAUAUAAUAUAUAUAUAUAUCUAUGCCCACCAGA